AUUGAGUGAGGUGCAUUAACUUCUAGCUUUUGAAGUGGGACUCAGCCUAUGUCUUUCUAUUGAACAGGUUUGGAGAGUCUGUUUGAAAAGUCUCAUUGGGUCCAGCUGCCAGGGGCUGUUUCCUUGCAGCUUUUUUAUGGUGUUGGGUAAGGCUGGGACACGUGGGGUUAACAUGAUCUCUGUAAACUGAGAAAGUUAAUACUUGAUGGAAUCGGUUACUGAAUAUGUGGUUUUCCUGUACUGAAGAGUCAGGAUGAGAGCAUUGCUGAGCAGCAGAAGAUACUAACCUUGCUCUGUAGGUCGUGUGCAGCUCGCUAUAAUCUACAAUGGCACACAGAGUUUUGCAAUCAAGUGGUGAAACCAAGCUGACUUCUGAAUUUCGAGGCACAAUGUCAGGACCGUCAGCAUUGAAGUGCGACCCCUGCAAACACUAAGAACUACCAGCAGCUGUGUGUCGACCGACGCCCCGUGCCGCUCGCAUAACGAGUGCCCACAGCAUCCUUCCCUCGCCUCUCCCCGCACAAAAAAAAAAAAAAAAAAAAAAAAAAAAAAGUGCGGCGGGGUUUUCCUCCGCGGAUACUUUACCGUGUGGGUGGGACGGAGGUGGGACGCCUCUGCUGGCGGCGGUGGCGGGGGCUGUCCCGCCGCCGCCCGCCCCGCCCCGCCCCGCCGAGGCAAGUGGCGGUGCUCGCCGCCGCGGCCGCACUCGCCGCCGCCGCCACCAUGACGGACCGCUCCACCUUCGACACCAAUGUUAUCACCAUGACCCGCUUCGUGAUGGAGGAAGGCAGGCGGGCCAAGGGCACCGGGGAGUUCACGCAGCUCCUCAACUCGCUCUGCACGGCCAUCAAAGCCAUCUCCACCGCCGUCCGUAAAGCGGGCAUUGCCAACCUCUAUGGAAUUGCUGGGUCUACCAAUGUGACCGGAGAUCAAGUAAAAAAGCUGGAUAUUCUUUCCAAUGACCUGGUGAUUAACAUGCUCAAGUCAUCCUUCAGUACAUGUGUUAUUGUGUCUGAAGAAAACAAAGAUGCUGUGAUAGUGGAAACUGAAAAACAGGGUAAAUACAUAGUCUGCAUAGACCCUCUAGAUGGUUCAUCGAACAUUGACUGUCUUGUUUCCAUUGGGACCAUCUUUGCAAUUUAUAGAAAGGUGUCCCCUGAUGAGCCUUCUGGGAAGGAUGCUUUGCAGCCUGGGCGUAAUCUGGUGGCAGCUGGCUAUGCGCUCUACGGGAGUGCCACCAUGCUGGUACUGGCCACUUCUGCGGGAGGUGUCAACUGCUUCAUGCUGGACCCGGCAAUUGGAGAAUUCAUUUUGGUGGAAAGAGAUGUGAAAAUCAAAAAGAAGGGAAAUAUCUACAGUCUCAAUGAAGGCUAUGCUAAAUAUUUUGAUCCUGCUGUCACAGAGUAUCUCAAAAAGAAGAAAUUCCCUGAGGAUGGCAGUUCACCAUAUGGUGGGAGGUAUAUAGGAUCUAUGGUGGCAGAUGUGCAUCGCACACUGGUGUAUGGAGGAAUCUUCCUGUAUCCUGCUAACUCCAAAAGUCCCAAAGGAAAGCUGAGACUGCUCUAUGAAUGCAAUCCUAUGGCUUUUGUUAUUGAGAAGGCUGGGGGCAUAGCAACAACUGGUCAUCAAGCAGUACUAGAUAUAGUGCCUGAAGAUAUCCACCAAAGAGUGCCUGUUGUCUUGGGGUCUCCUGAUGAUGUGAAGGAGUACCUUGAGAUAGUCAAGAAGCAUUCAGCUAAGUAAAGAAAGCUUGCUGGAUUCACUGUGCACAGGGGAUAAAAUGUCUUACAGCUGAACCAAAGAAUGCGCUGCAGUACUGUGAGAUUGAGCUGUCUGACUUCUGUAGCAAAAAAGCAAAUGAGCCAUAUUUUCAUAAGAUUUUUUUAAAGUGAAAUUAUGUGCAAUUGCAUUGUGCAAUGAAAGGCAUUAAAAGAUUGCAUUAAAGGAAGCAUUAAAAAUAAAAGCAAUGGAAAAAUA